CCAUAUUCUCAUUCGGUUUAUCAGGGGGAAGUAAAUUGCUGCUGUACCACUACAGCCACAUUGAAGUCAAAUUUUUCAAAUGCUUAUUUAAAAUGUCUAGUUUUUCAAGAUCAGCCCAGCAAUGGGCGACAUUUGCAAGAUCCUGGUUACUAAUAGACGCUAGGAUGCAGCCUCCAGGAAAGAUCGCCUCUAUGUGCUCAGUGCGGCUUCAAGGAAAACAUAAACCCAUUUACCAUCCACUGAGUGAUAUUGGAGAUCAUGUGGUGGUUAUGAACACCAGACACAUCGCCUUCUCUGGAAAUAAAUGGGAACAGAAAGUGUAUUCGUCUCACACUGGCUACCCGGGCUCAUUCAAACAGCUCACCGCAACCCAAAUGCACAGAAAAGACCCAACAGCUAUCAUUAAACUGGCUGUGUACGGGAUGCUUCCCAAAAACCUCACCAGAAGGACCAUGAUGCAACGGCUUCACCUCUUCCCAGAUGAUGUACUUCCUGAGGAUAUUCUAAAGAACCUGACCGAGGAGCUUCCUCAACCCAGAGAGAUUCCUCGUAAGCUCAGCGAGUACACGCAGGAGGAGCGGGAUGCUUUCCCCAUGCUCUGGACCCCGCCAGAAGACUACAGGAUGAAAUGAGUUUCCUGGAUUGUGCAUCUUUGUCUAGGAGUUUGAGACUUGGAAAUGCUUCUUGUUUUUAUACUGUUAAUAUAGAAUAAAUUAUGUCUCAAAAUUCUAAAAAAACACUGUCCAUUUGUUCUUGGUUUUGUUUGAUAUUUAAAGGGAUAGUUCAUCCAAAAAUGUAAAUUCUGUCUAAUAACUCACCCUAAUGUCGUUCCAAACCUGUAAGACCUUCGUUCAUCUUCAGAACACACAUUAAGACAUUUUUGAUUAAAUCCAAGAGAUUUCUGACCCUGCAUAGACAGCAACACAACUGAUACAUUCAAGGUCCAGAAAGGUUGUAAGGACAUUAUUAAAAACACACAUUAUACCUAGUAGAGAUAAAUUUCCGGAGAAUGUGUAUUUAUCUAAACCUCAGCCAAUGUAUAGAGGUAGUCGAACCUCAUUUAGUCAUGACUGUAGGAACAGAGCUCAGAUUCUCUGGCCUCUGCUUGUCCCGCAAAUGGCUUUAGCAGCCUCUCUGAAGCCCGAUCCAGCUCUAAUUCAACUGCCGCUUCGGUCUUAAUUAACUUCAUAUGGCUCUAUAAGUCCUUUCUGAUGCUAUUAGGCCUUUUGAAGUCUGCUUAACUCAUUGUGUUGGGAUGGUAACGAAACGCCCUUGUUAGUCACUGCUGCCUUUUGCGACGUUGGCACCGUCGUGUUUCAUUUUUAAUGUAAAGGUAAAAUUGAGUUUGCUUAUAAAAUGUGAUUUUAUGAGGGAGGAACUUCAGAGCAUGUUCCAUGAUUUGAGCUCCUUGUACCUAGAAUGUUUAUUACAAAAAGAGAAUAUGUUAUUUUAAUGUGAAAUGAAAUUUUAAAAUCCAUUUUGGGUGAGCAGUGAACAGAAAACCACAAAGGCCAGACGAGACAUCAUCUGGAGUCAUUGUUGCAGUACAGUUUUAUUGGUUACAAAAACAAAUAAUAAAGUAAAAAUAAAUUACUUUGUAGAUUCAAAGGUCUGGUGAUGAGUCUUUCCACUGGCACCCGCUUCACAUGCAGUUUCGUUCUGAAACGACGGUAGACCACAGGCCUAACUCUAA